GGGCCAAUGCCAUCUUUGUGGCUAUGCUUGGGAACAGCUCCGUGAACUCCUUGGAUCUCUCGUCGAAGCCCAGCUGCGUCCGAAAUCGGAUCGUCCUCAAGGCACAUGCAGCGCCCCUGGAGGAGAUGUUGAUCCACAAUAAGUCUCUGAAGCAUCUCAACGUGGCGGGCACAAGCCUGGGUCAUGAGGGGCUACAAGUCCUCGCCCGCGGACUGAUGGGAAACACGUGCCUGCUUACUCUGGACAUUUCGCAGAACAGUGCGGGCAACAAGGGCGCCUCAUACAUUGCAGAGGUCCUCAAGGUCUGCGCGCUGGAGGAACUUUCCCUGUCGGAGAACCGCAUAG